UGCGCAGGGGCGGCGGCGCGGGGACGCGCGGUGACCGUUGGCGCUGAGGGGAGGAGGCAGCAGCCGCCGCCGCCGCCGUUGCGCAGAUCCGGGCCGCGGCUGAGGGGAGGGCGACGGGGCAGGUGACCUUCCGGAGGCGGGAGCGAGCGAGGAGGCCCGGGGACGCCGAGCGCCGCCGCCGCCGCCAUGAACAACUCGGGCGCCGACGAGAUCGGAAAGCUCUUCGUGGGCGGCCUGGACUGGAGCACGACGCAAGAGACUCUGCGCAGCUACUUUUCCCAGUAUGGAGAAGUCGUCGACUGUGUUAUCAUGAAGGAUAAAACCACCAACCAGUCUCGAGGUUUUGGGUUUGUUAAAUUUAAGGAUCCAAACUGCGUGGGGACGGUACUUGCCAGCAGACCGCAUACACUGGACGGCCGAAAUAUUGAUCCAAAGCCAUGCACGCCACGGGGGAUGCAGCCAGAAAGGGCCCGGCCCAAGGAAGGAUGGCAGAAAGGACCCAGGAGUGAUAACAGUAAAUCAAAUAAAAUCUUUGUCGGUGGAAUUCCUCACAAUUGUGGUGAGACAGAGCUCAGGGAAUACUUCAAGAAAUUUGGAGUGGUCACUGAAGUGGUCAUGAUCUAUGACGCGGAGAAGCAGCGGCCUCGAGGUUUUGGAUUUAUUACUUUCGAGGACGAACAAUCAGUGGACCAGGCUGUCAACAUGCAUUUUCACGACAUCAUGGGCAAAAAAGUGGAAGUUAAACGGGCAGAGCCUCGGGACAGCAGGAGCCAAGCGUCGGGACAGCCGGGAGCCAGCCAGUGGGGCAGCCGCAUCGUGCCAAACGCAGCCAACGGCUGGGCUGGCCAGCCCCCGCCCACGUGGCAGCAGGGCUACGGCCCCCAGGGAAUGUGGGUGCCAGCGGGACAGGCCAUUGGUGGCUACGGGCCGCCCCCGGCGGGCAGAGGAGCCCCCCCGCCGCCCCCGCCCUUCGCCUCCUACAUCGUGUCCACUCCUCCCGGAGGGUUCCCGCCCCCACAGGGCUUCCCGCAGGGCUACGGCGCUCCCCCGCAGUUCAGUUUCGGCUAUGGGCCUCCACCGCCACCGCCCGACCAGUUUGCCCCCCCAGGGGUCCCUCCUCCCCCCGCCACGCCGGGGCCAGCUCCUCUGGCCUUCCCACCACCCCCAUCGCAGGCUGCCCCGGACAUGAGCAAGCCCCCGGCCACCCAGCCCGAAUUCCCCUACAGCCAGUAUGGGUACGGCCAGGACUUGAGCGGCUUCGGCCAGGGCUUCUCAGACCCCAGCCAGCAGCCCCCGUCCUACGGGGGGCCCUCGGUGCCGGGCUCGGGCGGCCCCCCUGCCGGCGGCAGUGGCUUUGGACGAGGUCAGAACCACAACGUGCAAGGAUUCCACCCUUACCGACGCUAGCCGGCGCGCCGGGCUGCCACGCCGACUGGGCUCCAGGGAGGCCGCGGACGCCACACUCGAGAACUCGUGACAAUCACACACGUUGACAGAGAAGAACCCAUGAAAGCGUUGGGGGGCGGGGGGCGGGGCCGGAGGCUUUUGGAGGUGCGGCUGUGGGUGUUUGGACUGAAGUUUUUAAAGAUAUUUCUCUCUCUAACCCAUCAGCACAAUAAAAAAAGAAGUCACUGGUUCAAACAACAGGGUUUUAAAAAAAAGUCUUCAGCUUUAAUUCAAAACUUCAGGUUUCUUUUUUUCCUUCUUUAUUUUAUUUUAUUUUUUUUUUUUGAAAUUAUUUUCCUGAGCCUUUUGGUUUACCGUAUAUUGUAAACUUUUAUGUUUAAAGAAAAAAAUAUACAUUUACAAAUUGUGAGAUUUUUAAGAGAAAUUUUCUACGAUGUAUACUGGCUUAUUUUUUAAUUUAAAACACGGUUUCCGUCGGCACUGGUGGAAGCGGGUGUCUUGCACCCUCUCUCCCAGCCCCGGCUUUGGGGUUGGGACUCAUUGGCCCAGAAACUCUGGGAGCUUGAAGAAAUCUACUGAGUGCGUUUCUGUUUUCUGUUGAUUCCUUGCUUUUGUCGGCUGGCUUGCCUGGCGGUGCUGCAGGUGGCUGAGGGGCCGCGGGGACCCCUGCCAGUGGCCGGGCCUCGUGGCAGCAGCUCCCCCGUGGGCAUGGGCCUGGCCCUGGUCUGAAUAAAGAGAAGUGUGUUUGGAUUAGAAA